AUGCCCGCCCCGGCCCGCUUCUGGGAGCUCCGGGCGGCGCUGCUCUGCGCUCUGCUGUGGGUGCCAGGCUUGCUCCCCAGCCAGGCAGGGGAAUGUAAAGAUCUGGAGUCAUGCAAACAAUGCAUUGAAGGUUCUCCUUCCCAGAAUAUUACAAACUGCAUUUGGAAACACUGUCAGGAAUCGCAUGAGAAGCCAGGUACGGGGAGCUGCGUGAAGAAUGGGGAAGCGUUGAAGGAGAAAUGUUCAUUUUUCAAUACUACUGUCAGCUGUGAAGAACGAAAGUUAACUACCACCACAGAGCAUCCCCACCCAACCACUAAGGCGCCUCCAAAACCAUCUUCUAAGGAGCCGAAGAUUCCCACGCUCGGCUCGACCACCGGCUCACCAGAAACCCCUCCCCUGAGUUCUACCCGCCGCUUCGACUCCGCCAGCUUCAUUGGAGGGAUCGUCCUGGUGCUCAGCAUCCAAGCAGUCGCCUUCUUUGUUGUGAAGUUCCUCCGCUCGAAGGACAACACCUAUCACGCUCUAGAGUUCUCUGGAGAGAUUAUAGAGCAGUUCAAAGUAUGUCCCACCUCUGUUCUCAGUCCCAAAACUUGCAGGAUCUGCGUGAAUGGAUAUGGGGAGGUGCCCGCAGCUGGCUGCUCUUUAUCCAACCAGUUGAGGGCCUUCAUGCUGGGUCUCUUUGGGUUGCUGUGUGAUUUUGUGUGUUGA